AUGCGCAGAUCACCGUUGAGACAGGACAAGCUUCCUUGGCCCACCAGUGACUUUUAUCUCGCGCGGUUCUCACCUUGAGUGCGGCGGCUUCAUGUGGACGACGUGUAAAUAUAGAGUGUAGCAGGUCAUCACCUUCACACAUGGCGCUCAGGAGCAGCUGGAGGUUUGCGGGGGCGACACCGCGGCUCUUACGGAGGAGCACUGCCCUCCGGCCCGGGUCCUCUGUCCCGGGAGGACGAAGCUCCGUGUCCAGCUUCGACGACACUCAGCCCCGCCGCAGAACCACAGACUUGCUGCAGUGCAGCCGGUUCGCUUCGGCGCCACCGAGCACAGAUGUGACCUACGAGCAGCUGAAGCGGCUGCUGGCCGAGCGGACUGCCGUGGUCGUGGACGUCAGGGAGCCGUGGGAGCUCCGAGAGUACGGCGUCAUCCCCGGCUCCAUCAACAUCCCCCUGGGACAGGUGAACACCGCCCUCCAGCUGGGGCCCGACGAGUUCAAAGAGAAGUACGGAGGCGAAAUGCCCGAGCAGACGGACAACAUCGUGUUCACCUGUCUGGCCGGGUUCCGGAGCAAGACCGCGCUCGCGGCGGCCGCUUCGCUGGGAUACACGCGUGUUCUGCAAUACCCAGGUGGCUGGAAAGACUGGUCGACGAACGAGCAACAGGGAUGAGAGAAGAGAUAAAACAUUAUAUGAAUCUCUCUUCCUUUUUUUUAAUGUAUCCAAGAUUAAAGUUCAUACACUUUUCUUUUGUUUGGCCUGUGAUUUGAGUUGUUUUCCCUCAUCUGUGAAUCGCAAAGAGUGAAACACACAUCGGCAGUCACGAUCUUUUCAAACCUAUUGGAGAAUGACUUGAAGUUUCUUGUAAAAUAUCUUUUCAUCAUAGAACCAUCUUCAAACCCCUUUACAGCUCCUAUACACAAACACAGAUACAACCGGUGACUGAUCAUAACAGCACCACAAUUAUAAUUUAACAAUGUGCUUUCAAGUUUUUUUUUGCACGAACUAUGCAAAUGACUGAACUGCGACUGAUUGUGGAUUAAUGAUCGUCAGUUUUCGAACUGUUUUCAAGUUGAUGUAUUGUAAAUAUUAAAGAGCGUGUUGCUCAACAGUCAGUGAAGUUGUUGCCAACAUCAUUCAAUAAAUAAAAUUAUAUCAUUUUCAUUAA